AUGUAUAGGGAUGUCUUGGCUGAAGAUGAUGGAACUGGAAAAGCAAACUUGCUAAUUGGAGAUGAGAAUUUCAAACAAAAGGUUGAAGAAGCUGAAGCUCCUUUAUAUGAAGAUAAGCUUUUUGACGAGCUCCUCCAAGCCUUAAAGGACAUGUUUCCGGAAGACUUUGAACAACUUGAGACGUGUCCAAAGUGUGGUUCUUCACGUUGGCAGGUUGGUAAACGUAAUAAUCACAUUUACAAAGGAGUUUCUGCAAAGGUGUUGCGCUACUUUCCUAUUAUACCAAGAUUUAAGCGAAUGUUUAAGGAUGAUGACAUGGCCAAAGACUUAACAUGGCAUCAUACCAACAAAAGUCAGGAUGGUAAGAUGCGACAUCCAGUUGAUUCGCCAGCAUGGGAGUCUAUUGACACUAGAUAUCCUGAUUUUGCCUCAGAUCCACGAAACUUGAGACUUGGUUUAGCUACCGAUGGAUUUAACCCAUUCCGCCAGCUAAGCUCUAGAUAUAGUUGUUGGCCAGUUAUAUUAGUUACAUACAAUCUUCCUCCAUGGUUAGCCAUGUCGAAAGAGAAUUUGAUGUUGACGUUAAUAAUUCCUGGGAAGAAACAACCCGGAAAUGAUAUUGAUGUUUACUUGCAACCACUCAUAGAAGAUUUAUGUGUGUUAUGGAAUGAAGGAGUGGGUGUAUUUGAUGCAACUACAAAUUCUACUUUUCAAUUUGAGGGCUAUUUUGAUGUGGACAAUCAGUUUGCUUGUGUGGCAUGUGGUGCUAACACGCGAUCUUUGAGGUUGCCGUUUAGUAAGAAGCAUGUAUAUACCAGCAAUAGAAGAUUUCUUCCACCUUCUCAUGAGUUUCGCAAGAAGGGUAAAUGGUUUGAUGGGAAUGAUGAUAUUGGGCAAAAACCAAGGGAAGUGAUCCUAUUAACAUAUGGAAAAAAGAAAUCAAUUUUCUUUGAUUUGCCGUAUUGGAAGAAAUUAUGUUUGAGGCAUAAUUUGGACAUCAUGCACAUAGAGAAAAAUGUUUGUGAAAGUAUUGUUGGCACAUUGCUACAUAUUAAAGGUAAAUCAAAGGAUGGACUUAAUUGUCGUAAAGAUUUAAAGGAAUUGGGUAUUCGGCAUGAUUUAUGCAUAACUGAAGAGAAAGGAAAAAAGACGAAACUACCUCCAGCACUUCACAACUUCUCUAAAGCAGAGAAACAUAUUUUCUGUAAGAGGUUGUUCGAUAUGAAGGUACCAGAUGGUUAUAGCUCAAAUAUUAGUAAUUGUGUGGAUCUAAGUGACUGCAAUCUAAUUGGACUCAAGUCCCAUGAUUGUCAUGUCCUAAUGCAACAAUUGUUGCCAGUAGCAAUAAGAGGUCUUUUGCCUAAAGGUCCAAGACAUGCAAUCUUUCGGUUGUGUGUAUUUUUCCACGAACUCUGUCUAGGAGUUAUUGACAAAAGUAAGCUGGAAGUAUUGGAGAAUGAGGUUGCAGAAACAAUAUGCAUGCUUGAGAAGUAUUUUCCACCUUCUUUCUUUGAUAUUAUGAUUCACCUUACAAUCCAUUUAGCGAGGGAAGCUAGGCUAUGUGGACCUGUUCAUUAUCGUUGGAUGUAUCCUUUUGAAAGAUUUAUGAAGGUGUUAAAGGAUUAUGUUAGAAAUCGAGCACGACCAGAGGGGUCUAUGGUAGAGUGUGUCUUAGCUGACGAGUGUGUGAAAUUUUGUAGUAAGUACAUAAAACAAGCUGAAAAUAUCGGUUUACGACAUAACCGAUAUGAGGAUGAAUCAAUUGUUAUUGGGAAUCCUAUUUCAGCUGGUGUGACAAUGACCAUGUCUUCAGAAAUGUACCAAAUUGCUCAUCGUUACAUAUUGUUUAAUAGCUCAGAAGCUGAGCCAUAUCGAGAAAUGCAUGUUGAGGAGCUUAAGUAUUCAGAUCCGAGCCUUGUAGGCAAAUUGAACAAGCUACAUAGGAUGCAUGCAACUCAAUUUUCAUCUUGGCUUCGCAAUAAGGUUAUUGCACUGGGAGACACAAGUGUCUCGGACAUGUUAAAGGGGCUUGCAUUUGGACCGAUAACACAAGUAAUGUCAUAUUCAAGAUAUGUUGUAAAUGGAAGGCGUUUUUUGUACAAGAGCUAGUGAGAAGAGUACACAAGACAGUGGUGUUUAUCUUGAAGCUGAAACAUCGGUCAAUGGCACCGAAGAGAUUAAAAAAAGGUUUUAUACUAUGGGGUGAUUCAAGAGAUUCUAGUGAUGGACUAUUACACGUUUCGGGUCCCCAUAUUUAAAUGUGAUUGGGCGAAUACUAGUAAUGGCAUUAAGGUUGAUGAUGGAUUUACUUUGGUCAACCUGCAUCGUCUAAAUCAAUUUCAAAAUGAUCCAUUUAUUCUCGCUUCACAGGCCAAACAAGUAUUUUAUUCAAGAGAGAGUGAAACGUCUGAUUGGUAUGUUGUUCUAAAAGCACCUCCAAAAGGGUUCCAUGACUUGGGAAAGUUUGACGAGGAUGCUUACAUGUCAUAUGCCCCAUUAGAUGUUUAUAAACUUGAUGAUUGUGUAGGUGAUGAAGAUGAAGGUUAUGUUCGGGCAGAUUGUGAGGCCAUUCAUGUGUAAAACUAGACUAUUAUUGAAUGAAAACAUUUUUCACAAAUUUCUCUA